AAUGAUUUAUUCGUUACUAAAUUUAAAAAUAGUUUAUGGUUAUUAAACCAAUUUAAUUUUAAAUUAAUCGGUUUACCUAAUUUUUUCAAAAAAUUCUUUUUAGUUUAUAAGUUGUAUUAUAGAAAAUAUUUUGAUGAUUAUUGGUGGUUUCAUGAGUCAUUGUUAAGGAUCGUUCGAGCCCGUAGAUUGGAAAUUUCAAAUUCUCCAAAAGAACAAGAUUUAAAAGCUGAUAUGUUGACUUGUUUGAUAAAUUCCGGUUUAAAAACUGAUGAUGGCCGCUCGACAACAGAUGAAGAAAUAGUUUUUAUGAUGAAAGAUUAUUUAAGUGAAGGUAUCGGCACGAUCUCAAAUACAUUUAGUUAUAUUAUUUAUUAUAUAUGUAAAUAUCCAACAAUAAAAUAUCGUAUGAUCGAAGAAAUAGAUUCUUUAUAUAAUAAUCAAAACGAUACAUUCACGUAUUUCAUUCUAGCUAAAUUAUAUUAUUGUGAAGCAGUAAUUAAAGAAGUAUCAAGAAUACAUUCAGUAUAUCCAUUAAUUUCAAGAAUAUCGAAUGAAAAAGAUAAUAUUGGUGGUUAUACAUGGGAUAAUGGACAAAUGUUUUGUAUUAAUUUACACGCUAUACAUAAUCAUAAAUAUAAUUGGAAUAAUCCUGAAGAAUUUGAUCCUGAAAGAUUCUUAUAUUUAGAAGAAAAGAAAGCGGAAGAAAAAGAAUUAAAUGAGAAAGAUUAUAUUGGAAAUUCUUUUGUUAGAAAAAAUAUUAAUAUUAAAGAUCCUUUAUUCUCAUUUGGAAUUGGAUUAAGAUCUUGUCCUGCUAAAAAUUUAGCUAUGAUAAUUCUUAAAACUAUGGUGGUCAUGUUUUUGAGAAAAUAUGAUGUUAUCUUGAUGGAUAAAAAUUCGGAACUUCAAAUUAAUUAUAAUAAUAUGUUAAAUAAUUGUGAAGAAUUAAAAGUUAAAAUUAGACCUAGACAUAAUAAUAACAAUAAUCAAUGAGUUACCCCCUGUAUUGAAUUGCAUUUAAUCAAGAAAAAUUUUUCACUCAU